AUGGAAAGCGGAAGUAGAAAAGAAGGGUUCCGAUUCAAAGAAUCUGACUGGGACACGAUGCACUGGCAAAAUAACCUUCGAGUAAUCUGGAAUAUUUUUCAGGUUCUGUCUUACCACGAAGAAUCGUUGUUCUUAUCGGAUUGUUCUUAUAGUCCUCCUGGAUUUACUUUGCUUCAGUUACUCACAUCUGAUGUAACAUAUCCAAUUCCGCCAACAUGUAUUGUAAUGAAUGGGAAACUGUAUUUAUCUAGUUCUAAGUACAGAGGAAUGGCGCGAUUUGGAAUUAAAUCAAGACCUAACCUUUUUCAACAUGGGCUAUGCAACAGCGGAAAUUAUCGUGGUCUGUAUGACUAUGAUGAUGCUCAAUGUCUUUUCAGUGACUUUUGGCCCCCAUCUGCCACCUCUUGGGUAGACAGAUGUCAAUCAUGGCCCAAGCCUCGUAUUGUUCAUGACAUAGUCCGAAAUGGAUGUCAUUGUGUAGCAAUAGGUCAUAAACUUGGAAACCAUUACGACACUGAAUGGAGAAUUUCAUUCUCUCGAGCGGAGCAAAUUCUUGUGAACUCAAUGAAUCACUGUCAAUUCUUGGUAUAUGGCUUGCUUAAAAUUUACUUAAAAGAGGUAAUCAACAAUGGUUUGGACGAUAAGGAUAAGUUACUGUGUUCCUAUCAUGUCAAGGCAGCAGUUUUCUGGAUGAUUCAGACAAACAUAAUGCCUUUCUGGUGUCCAGAGAAUCUCUUGGAGUGUUUUGGAGGCAUUAUAUGUACGAAUGAUCGAAAACUUAUCUCUGAAAUUAGGUUUGACGCAGAAGUAAGUGAAGAAAUACAAAUUUCCUCUCUAACACCUACAAAAGACCUAUAUCAUUGUUUGAAGGCUCUACAUACAGUAGAACAGAUACGAGGCUUAUGUCUGACAGAAUAUCAGGCAGGUCUAUUACAAGCACUUACUGUCCACAUUCUCCAAGGAACUGCUUUUGUGUUAGCAGACAUGUACCCAAACAGAGGAACAAAUAAGGUGAAGUUUAUCACUGACAAAAUAUCACGCAACAUGCUGAAACUAACAUCUAAGUUUGGGUUUAUAUCUGACAUAUUGUACUUUGCAAUAUUUUAUUACAAAACAUUCAGAUGGAUUGAAGCACUCUCCGUUUUAGAAAUUACGAAGGGCAGGUUAGCAAAGCCAUAUCUUAUGUAUGAUCAUAAUGUAAAUAUAGAGAGGUAUAUUGAGGCUGUGGGGGGAUUGUCCUGGUCUACCAAGAUAAGAAAGGCUGUAGCAAAAGAAGUAACACUUCACAAUGAGAUCCCUAACAUAUAUAUCAAUGAAUUAAUACCAGAACAACAGAAUUGCAUGCAGAACAAUGAAACAUUGUUGUCUAUUCCACCGUUUGUGCUCUUACAUAUGUUGGAGGUCUUGUGUUACAAACACAUCGAUAUAAGGAGAGCACAUACGGCUCUGUAUGAUCUACAGGUCCUGGUCCAAUACAACAGAGAGGAAUACAUAGAUGACGCAUAUAAAGACAUAUCAUGGCAGAUACUGGGAAUCUGUCAGCAGGUUUGCGGGAAUCUCCAGGCUGCUUUGGACUCCUACCAUCAAUCACUCCAACAAUAUCCCAAUCACCAAAUACAAACUGUUACAGAAAUGAGAAUACGAGAUCUCCUUCAGCGUUUUCAAUGA